AUGCUGCAUCUCAGGAGCUCAGCGCAUAACAACUCCAUCAUUCAUCCAUCCGGGUUUUACAUCAUUGGCUUCACAUCUUUGCCAUAUUCAAGUCUCUACGUAAUUUUCUUAGCCGUGGUUUACGUCAUAACAGUACUAUCAAAUUCUUUUGUCAUUAGUAUAAUCUCGUUUGACGAGCGUUUACAUCGUCCAAAAUUCCUGGCUGUCGGGAACCUUGCGGUCGUCGAUCUGAUCCUCAGUACCUCUCUUAUUCCUGGAAUGAUAAAGACUUACCUUUUCAAAGACAAUUUUGUGCCUUUUAAAUUAUGCCUGGUGCAAAUGUAUUUUUAUUACACCCCUUUGUGUCUUGAAUCAUUUUCCCUCGCGGUGUUGGCUUUUGAUAGAUUUAUUGCUAUAUGUUUCCCUUUGCGACAAAACUCCAUUAACACGAAUAUCACCAUGGUAUCCAUACUGACAGUGUGUUGGUCGUUUUGCAUAGGCAUGGUAAUGUAUUCCGUCUACAUAAUGAAAUAUUUAUCUUUCUGUGGCUCUGUCCUGGUAAAUAGCUACUUCUGUGACUAUGCUCCAGUUUUCAGGUUAGCUUGCAAUGAUAACUCUAUGCAGUGGGCCACAGCGACGUCUUUGAGUUUAAUAAUCUUGUUUGGGCCGCUGUCUUUAAUAAUUAUCUCAUACGUCAGCAUUUUGAUCGCUGUGUUCAAGAUGAAAAGCGUUGAGAGCAGAUUCAAAGCGUUGGCCACUUGUACGGAACACCUCAUCCUCGUUGCUGUUUUUUACAUACCGAUUCUGACCAUUUUUAUCAUUGGAUUUUUCUGGCAUGGUGUCAACUCAGACCUCAGGGUGUUGAGUUUGUCAUUAUCCUCUUGCAUUCCUCCCUGUCUGAACCCAAUCAUCUAUUCUCUCAAAACGAGUGAGAUAAGGAGACAGGCGUCUUUUCUCUUACGAAAAAGUAUAUUUGGUACUCUGUGGAAAACUGUUCAUCCUUUUUGA